AUGUCUAGUCAGCGUCUUGUCCUAGGCCUCCCACGUGUCUUGCCGUCGCUGCCGCCUUCGCUAGCGCCGCCGUGUCGUCCCUGCGUCGAGGGUAGGCUGCGCGCCACCCCUCACUCCUCCUCCCUUCGUCCGGCCACCGAGCCUUUUGAGACGCUUCACUUGGACGUCUGGGGCCCAGCCCCUCGUCUAGGCCCUGAGCGUGAGCGUUACUUUCUGGUGGUCGUUGACGACUUCUCCCGCUACACCACAGUGUUCCCUCUGGCGAAGAAGUCUGAGGUGACUUCUACGCUGAUCAGGUGGUUGCUCACCACUGAGGACACUCGUGGUCGUCGUGUCAGCUGUCUUCACUCCGACCGUGGGGGUGAGUUUCGCUCCGGCAUUCUCGCUGGAUUCUGUCGCGAGCAGGGCAUUCGUCAGUCCUGGACGCUUCCAGAGUCCCCACAGCAGAAUGGGGUUGCUGAGCGCCGCAUAGGCCUGGUCAUGGAGAUCGCCCGCACCUCCCUGACUCACGCCUGUGCCCCCCAUUUUCUGUGGCCCUACGCGGUCAGGUACGCCGCGCACCAGCUGAACCUCUGGCCACGUGUCUCUCGACCAGAGGUUUCACCGACCAGUCUUUGGACAGGGUCCCCUGGUGUUGCGUCGCGGUUUCGUGUCUGGGGGUGCUUGGCUCUUGUCCGCGACACCUCCGCGGACAAGCUCUCGCCUCGUGCCGUCCCCUGUGUCUUCCUUGGUUUCCCUGAGGACUCCUCUGACUUCACCUUUUACCACCCUCCCUCUCACCGGUUCUUUGACUCCCGUGACGUCCGUUUCGAGGAGUCCACUCCGUACUACGUCAGGUGUGUCCCAGGCUACCCCUCCUCCUUUGGUAGCCCCUCCGGUACAGCCUCCCUCCCCACAGUCCUCCUCGCAGCGUGCCGCUGGUGCUAG